ACACUGGUCAACUUUGAUGGUUUCCGGAUGUUCGCUGCAGAACUAAGAAUGUUAGAGGGGGACCCCUACCCAUUGAAAGUAACUUGGAAACAAUGCUGCCUCGUCUGUGAAAAUAUUUCUUCAUGUACAUCUGUUAACUUUAAUGAAGUUUCGAAAGUUUUUGAAAUAAAUACAAUGAAAAUGAAAUCCAGAGAAUAUCGUUUGCAGCCAAGUAAAGGAUGGAAAAUAUACGAAAAGCUACCCUGUGGCCUUGGUUACAUGACCGGCAAACGAUGUCGUCACAUUCAAAACCAGUUUCAAUACGACAAGAUCCUUACAUACCAGGAGGCUUCAGACUUCUGCUUUCUCAUCGGCAGAAAACUGGUAACGGUUGAAAAUGAACAAUACAAAAUAGAUCUUUUGUCCGACGCCGGUUUAGCUGACAUGUAUAUACACGCUAACAUUUGGCUUGGUAACAGGACAGAAACUAGUUGUCCAUGUUUCAGGAGGGAGUUUGCCGAUGUUAUCAUACGUGACUGUGACUCAAAUGCCUCUAUAGUCUGUGAACGACAUUGAUGUUCUAUUCAUGUUUUAAAGGUGCACAGUAUCUAUUUGAGUGG